AUGAAAGAGACCAAACUACUUGGAAAGGAAGGCAGUAGUGAGGAAGAGAAGACGAAGUUCGAGCAAAUCGAGGAAGAGGUCAAGAAUUCCAUUUUCAGCGUCUUCUACCUUUUGCUUAAGAACCAAGAAACUACCUUCUGGAAAUUUGUGUUAUUGCUAAUUAUAGAAUAUUUGUAGUUAUUAUCAUUUUCGUUCGAUACCAGUCUAAUCGAGGAAUGGAAAUCAGACACUGUGGUAAAUUACUUCGCUUAGUUUUUGAGUACUUUCAGAAUAGUAUACUGGCUUUAAAAGCUUUCCUGGGAUGUCUAUAUUAUCAUAUUCUACAUCGCCAUUUUCUUAGUGUUUGUAGUUAUUAUCGAUUUCCUCUAUGUUGCUAUCUCUUUCAAGCACAAAAAGUUCAGCUUUAUGCAGCCAAUCUAAAUCUUAAGAAUCGCUUCGAUACUGAUGUAGACCAUAUUGUACAUACCCAUUACUGAGUUCUUUUUUUCGUUAUCAGCUUGUUCAAGGUACAAUGGAUAAUUAGCGCAUGAGGUAUACAGAGAAGAGGUGUGCUUCUAGAGUAUUCAUAUUUUGCAUGUUACCCUUUCAUAUUUGAUGAUGGUGAUAUUUACAUCAAUGACAGUUCUAUCCUGCAUGAUGCACUAUGAAAACAGAUAUACAAAAGACCCAACAGCAAAAAUUAAUUCCAAGGCAGAUAUCUUCUAGAUAAUUUCAAAAUCAGCUUAUGUGUUUGUAUUUGUGUUCUUUUCCUAGAAUGAAUACAGUCUGUUCAAAAGUAUAAUCCUCUGCAUUUUCUCGUCAGUUACAUUCCUGUCUUACAUUCAGAACAAACCUUUCUUCAACUCAAUGACUCAGAUCAUCGCUGAAAUCUUUUCAGGAAUAUUUGCUUGGACAAACUACGUGUUGCUAUUCACUUAACUAAUUAAAUCCACUCAGUUCAACGGGGCGCUAGAGAUAUACUUCUUAGGCAUUCCAAUAAUAUGUAUAUUGAUCUACACUAGACAAGAAGACAGACUUUAGCUACUAUUAACAGCUGAAGGGUAGAUUCAAAAAGGAGAACUUUGCCAAAAGAAAAACUUCUUUUAUCUGCAUAUAAUAGAGACUAAGGAACUCGAGAGAUACUCUGCUAUUGUAUUAAAAGGAUAUAUCAAUCAUCACUCUGAAGUUUGCCCGAAUGAUAAUUGUCCAAUAAAGAAUUUCAAACGACUUUAGUUAAGAGAUAAAUUAUACCAGGAUAAUGAUAGGAAAAAGAAGCUAGUUGGAGGGAAACUCUAAGUGUAGACAAUCGAAAAUAACUCGCUUUUACUAGCACAAGCUAAAGCUCUCUAUAAUAUGGGAAUCAAGAAAUUCCCAAAAUAUACAGCACUAAGAAUAGACUAUGCAAAUUUCCUACAAAGCAAAAUGAAGGAUAGGAAGGGAGCUUUAAAUGAACUGUCUCAAGCAGAAAAGAUCAAGCCAGGCAUUGAUCAUUAAUUCAUGGUAUUCAGACAGCGAAGAAUAAUAGAAGAUGAGUUGGCUGAGGGUUAGGAACAUGGAGGCGUAGACUUUAUUACUGCCUUGAACUUCGAAAAUCAAUUCAAAAGCUUUAAAUAGCUUAUUGAAAAGAGCUCGAUGCUUCACUACGAGUUUUGGAAUCACCUUUAAGACGAAUCUCCUGAUCUAGUCAGACUCUCCUAAUAGGGUGCAAAGAUUAACACAUCAAUAAUGUAGGUUGAAGACAACUGGAAGAAGCUGUCUAAGAUGAGUACGAAUACCCCAAAGGCUCUUAAACUCUAUGCAACUUACCUAAUUGAAAUUUUAAAUGAUAAGGAAACUGGUAAUGAGCAGAUGAUCAAGGCAAAAGAAGCAGCUAAUCUGAGAGUUAACUUUGAAUUCAACAAUGUGAACGAAGACUUCUCAGAUCUAAACAACUAUGCUCAGGACGGAACACCAUGUAUCUAUAUAUCUGGAGAGUAAGAAAGAAUAGGUAUAGUAAAUCAAUGUAACAUGAGCUUGUGCAAGAUAUUCGGAUACACUAAGAAGGAGGAUGUGAUAAAUAAAGACGUGGAAAUGCUAAUGCCCAAAAUUUACUCGGAUAAUCACAAGGAUUUUCUCAAUGUAAGCAGUCAGAAGUCAGCUGAUUAGAUAUCAAGCAGGGAAAGACAAGUUUUUGGCAAGCAUUUCUCUGGCUAUGUGUUCCCAUUAUGGCUUUAAAUUAAGAAUCUCCCAAGUCUUCUGAGUGGCAGAUAGUAUGUGGCUACAUUCAAAGUAGAAAAGACUGGCAUUAACAAGAACGUCUGUCAUAUAUUACUCAAUAAAAAUAAAGAGGUGCAAGACCUAACUCCAUCUUGUCUGAAAAUGCUAGGCAUUAGCUAUGAAAAGAUCAAUAAGAAAAUAAUCUACUAUGAUAUGCCUACCGUUAUGCCUCAGCUAUUUUCAAACAAUUAGCAGCAGUACACGAACAAAGCAGGAGCAGUUAUUAACUUUUUUUGUCCUAAAAAUAUGGAAAUGAGUGAGGUUAGAAAGAAGCAUUCAGAUGACUAUGAUAUUGAUGAUCACAAAAUCAACAAGACAAACGGAAGUGCCAUUGAUGUACCAGACCCUCGAGAGGAGGAUUUAUCAUAAAUUGAGAGAAAUUCAAAUGAUGAUUAAGACGAUGACUAAAUCUCCCAAGUUCAUAGAUCCUCAAAAAAUGUCAAUAAGUCUAGAAGAAAUGAAGAUGACAACAAUGGAAAUAAGAAUGAUGACGAUAAUGAUCCAAAUUAUGUCCAGUAUCAGUAUAAAGCUGUUGGCUAAGAAGAUAAAGUUCUUCAAUUUCAAUGCAAUCUCACUGAAAUUUACUUUGAACUUAUUAACUUAUCCUAUGGAUAUCAUCUAAGACUUGAGAGUUUACCUGAGAAGAGCUAGUCUGACUAGGUAAAUAAAAGAAUAGCUCAACAGGCUUUCCAAUUUUCAUACGAUCCUAUCUAUAAGAGAUUUAUAAGAGAACUUAGAGACACAGAAAAUAAGGACUACAUUCUUGACAGAAACUACUUAGAAUUGAAACACUUCAAAGAAAGAGGAAAGUAAGAGAAUGUUGAAGAUCCAACUCUUGUCAAGUAUCAAAACAUGAGCUACAUCAAUUUCUUAAACAAGAAACAAAGAUAGCAGGACAAGCUGAAUAAAGGAUUGAUUUCAGCUGGAGAUGAGGAUGACGAGGAUGAGUAAUCAGAAGAUGAAUCAAAUGUUUCAGAUGAUUCAAAGAAGGAUAAGACUACAAAGGAUGGAGAUAAGACUCCAAAUAUGCUCUCCUCUAAGAAUGAUAAGCAGUUAGGUCAAACAUCAAUGACUCCGUAGCCACUCACAAUAAAUCAAGGCAUGAUGAAUAUAGACUAUAGUAAGAUGCUAGUGGCUGGUGAGGGUUAUGGUAAAGAGUUCUUCAAGGGUGAGAUUGAGAGACUGAUCAAAGUGCUCUAGGAAAAGUAGUCUAUCAGCUAAGGUGUGCAUACAUUCAUAAGAAAUGAUGGCCCUAGAAAAGGUUGGGAGGAAAACAACAAUCAACAUGCUGGCUUGUUUAGUGACAGAGCAGCUGAGAUUUAAAAGAUUGAGGAGGAAGAGGAAAUUCAGGAGUAAAAGGAAAAGCACAGCGAUAAGGACACUGAUCAGCUUAAAGCAAACAUCAAGUCAAAGAAGGCAUUUUCCAUGGCUAUUAAUGAUAAGACUAUGCCAUCAGCUAUUAAGAGACUAAGCACUACUGCUUAGAUUAUAUUACUGUUCUUGAUUGCCAUAGCUAUUGCAGAGUAUGCAAUUAUAUACAAGCAGUUUGCAGAUACUAAGGCUAACUUUUUACUUAUUGAGAAGUCUUACAUGAGGACAGCUGAACUCUAGAAGGUUGUAUAUAAUGCGAGAUCUAUGAUUCUUAUGAACUAAGGAAUUUUAACUAACUACGCUGGAUUUUUAACGCGAGAUGACUAUGUAUCAGCAAUUAAAGUGGAUUUUCAAUCCUCUUUAGACUUAAUCUAUAAGAUCUAAAAUGAGAUUAACUUGUCUUAAUUGCCAGUCUCUGAUGAGCACGAUCAAUUGCUGAAUAACAAAACAGUAACAUUGUACUUUAAAGAGGACUAGAACAGCAUGAAAGCACUCUAGUUCUCACUAACUGAAUCAAUCCUACAGAUCUCAUCAACCAUUUUUACCAUUAGCAACAUGAAGCUGUCAGAGUUCAAUGAGACUAAUGAAGAUGUAUUCUUUUUAAUGUACAACACAUUCAAUGAAUUUUAUAUUGGCCUAGAGAAGUCAUCUCAGAUAUAUGUGAGAGAGCUAGAGGACAGAUCCAAGAGCAGAACUGAAGUCAGUUUAGUGUUCUUUAUUUUAUCAAUUACUGCUGAAGUGUUUUGCUUGCUAAUACUAUUCCCAGUUGUUCAUUCAGUCAAUCAAUAAAAAGACAAAGUGCUUUCAUUAUUCUGUGAGAUUGAUAAUUCAGUAAUCAGAGUAUUGGCUUUAAGAUGCGAGAGAUUCAUAAAUAAUCUGCAAACGGAGGAGGGUAACGAUGACAUAGACUCAAAUGAGGAUAUUGAGAACAACCUGGCUAAUGAUGAGGACGACGAGUAUAGUCUUCUCUCUGGCACAGGCAAGCGAAUUAAGAAAGCUAAGGGCAGAACCAAGACUGAUAAAAAUUUCUUUAUAAAGUUUUUCUUGGCAUUGCUAUGUAUCUAAGCCUAUUAUCUUCAAAACUACUUCCUCUAAGUAGAUGCAGUUGAUACAACUUAGAUUCUAAAUUCAGAACUCAAUGUGACUGCAAGUAUUGAACCAUUCUACUGGUUCUCAUUAAAUGUCUAGAGAGAAAUGUACUUCAAUAAGACUAAACCAAUAACCAAGCAGCAAUCAAUCACCAUUGCCAAAUAGUCUAUUUAUCAGUUAUAUGAUCAAAACAAUUAACUCCAAGAGAUGCAUCUAGACCAUAAAUCAAGUCUUAACCCAGAUUACUGGAAUCAAUUUGAAAGUGUAAUGAGGGAAGAUCUUUGUGAUAAAUAGGCCUACUUUAAUAAUACUGCCUAAUGUGCUGCUUUUAGUUCAGGAAUGCUGUAGUAGGGCUUGCACGUGGUUGUUGUGAGAUACUUUGCAGGAUUGAGAUCAUAUCUUAAUGACUAUCAAACAUAUAUGCAAAUUUCUAACAAUACUCUAAUUAGACUCAUUUUUAAUGAACAAAGUUUCAUAGAGUUAUAUAUCAUUCAAAAUUACAUAACUUAACCCUUAAUGAGGCAACUUGUGACAAAGCUUAGUGAGUCAAUCCAGGAUGAGUUCGGUUUCAGAACUGAGAGAAAAAUUGCUCUCUUUAUAGUAUUCCUCAUUGUUAUACUGAUAGCAUUUAUUGUUUUUUGGCUGCCUUUCUUAAACGGACUUAACUAUCAGAUUUACAAGACUAAACUGAUGUUGAUGAUCAUUCCUUUAGAAAUACUUAUGAAAAUCAAGAAUGUAGGCAAAGUACUUCAAAGCCAAAGCUUCCUUAGCAAUAACAAGAAGAGAAAAAGUGAUGGGGCAUAAGGCUGA